CAACACCUCCGCGGGAAAGGUUGAUCCAUACCGCCAUGUCCUCUUCUUCACCAUCGCCCACGCAGUCUCGGCCUCCACCAUCCUAUACCACAUCGCUGCUGUCCGGGGCGUUCGCCGGUUUCGCAGUCGAUGUGUCCCUCUUUCCCCUUGACACGCUCAAGACCAGGGCCCAGUCUGCACAAGGCUUCGUCAAGGCAGGCGGCUUCAAAGGAGUCUACAGCGGGCUUAGUAGUGUCGUCGCUGGCAGCGCCCCAGGAGCGGCCACCUUUUUCACAACAUACGAAUCGCUCAAGCCAGUCUUCUCCUCGCCUGCCUCUCCCGUCACUCUCUCGCCAGCGGCAUCGCACAUGCUCUCAGCCUCGUUAGCUGAGACGGCGGCAUGCCUGAUACGUGUACCUACAGAGGUCGUCAAGUCACGCAUGCAGGCAGGCGUCUCGAAGGGGAGGAUAGGUGAAGUCAUCGGAAGGAUACUACACAGGGAAGGACUCAGAGGUCUGUGGAAAGGCUUUGGGACAACAGUGGCUAGAGAGAUCCCCUUCACUUGCAUUCAGUUCCCACUGUAUGAGCGUCUGAAGCUUCUGCUACUUCAACGGCGGCAGGCUUCCACCUCCGCCCUCACCAAAAAGCCGACAACGCUUCCCACCUACCAAGCAGCGGUCGUAGGCUCCUUUUCUGGAGGCUUCGCUGCUGCCUUGACGACGCCCUUGGACGUAGUCAAGACGAGGCUGAUGCUGGCAGAAAGAGUAGGCGCUACACCACCAGCAACAGUAGCUUCCUCAGAGCAUCGCGCACCCACAGGGUCCACUCCAGUCGGCGUCAAUCAGAGAUUCUUGCCGACAUUGCUCCACGUCUACCGGUCAGAGGGCUUUAGGGGUCUGUUUUCCGGCGUGCUGCCGCGAACAAUCUGGAUCAGUCUGGGAGGCGCUGUCUUUCUUGGCAGCUUCGAACUGGGCGUCGAGCUGCUAGAGCGGGACAGCGUCUCAGUACGAGACGAGACCUCGGUAGCAACGGCUUAAGUCGCGUUCCCGUGCUGAAGCGCCGUGUGAAGGUCAACGACAAUGUAGGCAGAGACAAUGCCGUUACAAAAAGGAUUUCACGUGUAGAUGUUGCUGCUGCAUUGCCUUUACCUCUCCUCUCGAUGUGUCUAGCAGACGGGUAUCAUGUGCCAGACCCGGUCGAUCCGACAACAGCUGCUCUCUUCUCCCUGAUACUCCACAAAAUGAUAAGACCAUCUCCACACUUCUCAAUGUGACCUCUGAUGCUCUUGACGUACUCUUUCUCUUCUCCGCUCCCUAAUGUGUCCAGAAAUGC